CCCUAACCCCCUUUCUCUUCCCCCCUUCAGUGCGUAGAGUGCAAUCUCUCAGGAACAAGAAAUUUUCUGAAUCAGAAUUCCAGAAGUGCUCGCAUAGAGUUUUUGCAGAGGAGAUCGAGAUGGAGGCGCCAAUCUCUGUAGUUGAAUCCGUGUUUCGACUCUUUUGAUGGAACUCAGAUUUCGAGUUGAGCUAUGACUUGAGGAAUUUGCAGAGCGAUUACUGAUUUGUUUUAGUUGCUAAUGAGAAAGUUGCAAUGAGGAGAGGCUGGUGUAUGAAGGAUUCAAUCGCUUUUGUUUGUGUAAUGGUCACCGUUUGUAGCCUUAUGGUUGUGAUCGUGACAAUGCUGAGACUCCCCGAGGUCUCAACAGGGCAAAACAGCGCAAUCAGAGAGGGGUUCAAUGACGAGAGCAUAGGAAAGUUCGGGGAGAUGAUGCUUGAAAUGUUGCCAGAAGGUCUGGCUUUCACGAUCUUCGUCCCUUCAGAAAAAGCUUUCCAACGGGAUUUGAGGCUACAAGUGAAUCGGAGUCUGGCGGCAGAGCAGAUGAACGAUACCUACGCCGUGCUUUCUCGUGUACUUGGUUUCUCGGCCAUUCCCCGGCCGCUGUAUUCCAAAACGAUGCUCUUUGGAAAAGAAAUGUGUUUUGAUUCAUUGUCCGGAUUUGAAUUGUGCAUUUGGAAAGAGUCCGAUGGAGCGAUUAUAGUGAAUAGAGUUCGAUCGGCACGGAUGGAUAUGCGGAAGGGGGAGAUUGUGGUUCAUAUUAUGGAUGGAGUGAUCAUGGACUUCGAAUUUGAGCAAUCAUUUCAGCUUGAUUAUAGUGAAGAGGAAGAGCACUGAGCGGAACUCAGCUCUCUUGAUUUCAAACGCAUCCCUCCUUUGUACCUCUCACUUCACUCUUCAUGCUAUUCCCUUCUGCUUUUUCAUCUUCCUGGAACGGAAAAUCAUAAUCCAAAUUUGAAUUCAAUAAGAUGAGAUGAAUGAUGCAGAUUCUGUGGAAACAUCAAAAUAGAUCUAUAUGUAAUUACAUUGAAUGAAAAUUAACAUUUGUGGCUAUGGAAGGAUGCCAAUCUUCACAUUGCAAUACUAUAUAUGUAUGUAGUUCU